GGGAUUUCCUGCAGGAGAAAAACAGAUUCCAUCAUGUGAGAUUUACUUUCCCUUUGCUGAUUUCUUUUCUCUUCCUGCUGCCUUCCAGGACGGAGGUAAAAUGGGGUCGGUCCUCCUGGCAUGGAUGCUCGCUUCAGCUCUAUGCAUGUCGAGGGCCUACACACCAACGCAGGUGUUAGGAGUAGCGGGGAGCUCUGUUUUAUUCAAAGCAGCCCCCCCUCCCAAUUUUCACAUCCGGGAGUUCAUCUGGCGUUCCUUCACGCCUUCGGAAGAGUUGGUGGCCACCUCGUUCAAGGGAACCCCAGAGAUCCAGUACCGGUCCCGUUACUACGGAAGGACUCGGCUCCACAACUUCACCUUGGAGAUCGAUCCAGUGGAUUUAGAUGAUGCUGGGAUUUUCUCCGUUCUGCUGGUGGACACCACAGGACAAAUGAAACAACAAGCUUUUCAGCUGAAGGUUUACGAUACGAUUUCGACCCCAGUCAUCCGGCUGUUCACCGAAGAAAAAGACAUAAAUGGCUCCUCCGAAUCUUGUCUACUGUUUUUGAGUUGCCAUGCAGCCAGUAGGACUAAUAUCACUUACGAGUGGGCAGGGCUGGGGGGUAAGACUGGCCCAAGACUGAAACAUUGGCACAUGGAGGAGGGCCAGCUGCUACGGAUCAAGCUAGAUCCCAAGGAAGCUUUCCAAGUGAGCUACACCUGUACGGCCUCCAAUGCCAUCAUCCACAAAUCAGCCACCGUCGAGCUCCGUGACUCCUGCCAACGAUCUUCAGAAGGUGAGAAGAAGACCGCACACACUCUCAGGGAGCUUCUCUUGAUCGUCAUCCCAGUGGUCUCCUUCUUCUUCUUGCUGGCAGUCCUUUCGUGUGUGUGCUACAAACAGCAUUCCGGGAAGAAAAUGUUCUACAAGGUUCCCGGAAAUGAGUCCAUCCAGCUUUAGCAGACAGGAAACGCAGAUCUUCCUUGGGUUACUCCGGCUGAGAAGGUGGAAGGUGUUUCGUGGGGGAAAAAAAUUGAGAAGUGGGAAGAAGUCGUGUUUGGUGGAAAGAGACUUCCCUUCUAACCCCCCAGAGAACUGAACAUUGUCCUCUGGGUCUCGAUACUACAACUCCCAGAGUUCCUCAGGCGCCACAGCAACCACCGAGAAUUCUGGGAGCCGAAGAUUGUCAUCUGGGUUUGGGUACUACAACUCCCAGAAUUCCUCAGGCGCCACAGCAACCACUGAGAAUUCUGGGAGCUGAAGAUUGUCAUCUGGGUCUGGGUACUACAACUCCCAGAGUUUCCCAGGCCCCACAGCAACCACCGAGAAUUCUGGGAGCUGAAGAUUGUCCUCUGGGUCUCGAUACUACAAUUCCCAGUUUCCCAGGCGCCACAGCAACCACCGAGAAUUCUGGGAGCUGAAGACUCUCAUCUGGGUCUGGGUACUACAACUCACAGAGUUUCCCAGGCACCACAGCAACCACCGAGAAUCUGGGAGCUGAAGAUUGUCCUCUGGGUCUCGAUACUACAAUUCCCAGAGUUCCUCAGGCACCCUCCACAGCAACCACUGAGAAUUCUGGGAGCCGAAGCCAAGGCAAGCACUUUUGAGAAUUUCUGAGGAACCAAAGAUUGUCUUUCAGGUCUGUGAAUGACAAUCAAUCAAAUCUUGAUUAUAGUCAUGGACAAAGCAUAUUGUGAACUACAACUCCCAAGUUUCCCCAACCAGCACAGCCGCUGCUGAGAAUUUUGGGAGCUGGAGACUGCCCUUCAAAUCUGUCAACAGGCCACGCGCAACCUUUUAAUUUCUGAGCCAAAACUCCAGCAGUCCCUAUUUUGUUUUAAUCAGCAAUAAGGCAAAUAAAUGCCUAUUUUUAAAAGGAAUAAAUAUGGAUCUCUCUCAUC